AUGAAAAAGACAAAGAAGAGUGGAAUGAAAAGCAAAAGCACUUUAAGGGAUGGCCUGGAAAAGAAGAGCGAUCCAGACAUGGCCGAAGAUGAUAUUGAGGCAAUAUUCUCUGGAAUAAGCUCUCCAAAGAAGUGCGAAAUUAAGAAAAAGGAAGACGAGGAGUCUGAUGAAGAAAAGUAUUUUUCUGUUGGGAAAGACGGUAGAAGAUACCACGAGGGGCUUCCUGUUUACACGCUUGAGGAGCUUCAGCUUGGAGAUGGAGGAGGAGACACUGAGGAUUGCCCGAUAUAUUGUGAUUGUUGUACGUAA